CGCUCAAGUGAGAAGACAUCACAUUGGCAGCGCGCCAAUCCUCUCUUUGUUGCACUUGUUGCCAUGGCCUACCAGUAUCCCGCAGGGGCCAUGCCUCAGCCUGUGACCUACACGUCCGGGGCGCCGUACGGUGCGGACUACUCGGGCUACUCCAUGCCGCAAAGCAUGCCGAUGCCUGCAAUGCCUGCCGCCUUGGACCACGCGAUGGGCAAGUGGUUUGCCCCUGGAGAGGCGCUGCCACCGGGUUUUGUGGUGACCUCCCACCCUGAGGGCCACACAGCUCCCCAGCAGAAUCACUCCAUGUCGGACAAGGCCCGUGAGAGCUUCGUGAUCAGUGCCGGUGAUGCGGCAGCAGCGGUUGGUUCCAGCAUGGCCAGGGCAGGAGCGUCCGCUUCGUCCUCUCUCAAGAAGUCCAAGAAGAGCAAGAAGAAGAAGAGCUCCGGCUGCUGCUGAG